UUUCUACUACUAUAUCCAAUCCUGGCACUAAUCCAGGUACUCAUGACUGGACCAAUGGGGUUGUUCACAGCAUGGAUUUCGGUUCUACAGCAGUCGGCCUUGGUUUCUGCCUUUGUUGUCACAAUCCUCUUGAUGCCAGAAGUUCAAAGAAUAGCAUUUGAUGCAGUUUUGAGCAACGAGUUUGCUGACGAUGUUGUAUUAUUGGGUAAACUCAGAAGAAUUGUCAAGGUUCCAUUCUUGGUCAAGUGUGGCAAGCUCCUCUGGGCUCUUCCCAAUAUGUUGGCCUUUCCUUAUAUUAUCGCCAAGGCAAUUUUGCUUAUGUUUGUUGGUAGUAUCCCUUUUGUAGGGACUAUCAUUGUGGUUUUGAUCCAAGCACCAUCGAAAGGGCUACAGGCACACGCAAGGUAUUUUGUGCUUAAGGGAUUCGACAAACGACAAAUAAGAGCUAUCUACAGAGGCAACACUGGUGCCUAUAUGGGAUUUGGGAUAGCUGCAACUCUACUUGAACAAAUCCCUUUCUUAAGUAUCUUCUUCAUGUUCACCAACACCAUCGGAGGUGCUCUCUGGGUUGUCAAUAUUGAACAAAAGCGAAAGAAAGAGACGCAAGAGCUCAAGGAAAAAGAAAAUGCAGAACAGAUUUUACAAUAA